GCGCCCCAAAGUAGCAAAGGGAGCUGUGGCUGUGAAUGAAAUAAAAGCUGGUGGGUCUGGGAUCGCCUGCCAGGAGGCAGCAGGACAAAGGCAUUGGAACUGAAGGGCUUCAACUCUCUCGAUGACCUUCUCCAUGUCAAAGGCAUCACCACCCGCAUCCUGGAGCUGAACAGUCAGCGCAUGACCUGCAGAAGGCGGCCGAGCAGUGAGGAAGCUGUCAGGGUGAGCCCUGCUCUGCUGGGGGACAGCAAAGCUCCUGUGCCUCAGGUAGUGGCUGAGGAGGAAGAUGUGUCAGGGCCCUGGGAGCUGGAGUGUGCCGGGAAGAGGAGCGUGGAAUCGGGGCUGGAGGCCAAUGGCUCCGAGGGGCAGGAGGAACAGGAACCGGUCAGCGCCACGGCCUGCGGAGAGCCAGAGGAGGAGGAGGAGACGGAAGAGGAGGAAGGGAGCUGCUGCAGUGAGGAGGGGGAAGAUGGCAGCAACGUUUACUUCUACUACACCAUAGGCGAGCGCUGGAUAGACUACCUGCAGCGGACAGAGGACAGCGGCUUCCUCCGCCACGUGCGGCCCAAGAUGAAGCGGAAGUCAGAGAAUGGCCUGGAUGGCAGAGCGCUGUCUCCUGGCAAAAAGCUGUGCAAGGGCUCAGAGUACGGCAGGACUCUGGGUCCCUGCAUGCCCAGUCCCACCACCACCUUUGGGGAUCUGCGCAACGCCAAAGCUGGCCAGGCCCGGCGCCGCCGCAUCCCCUCUGUUGCUCCUCCUCCCGAGCUGCAGGACUGGCUGCGCACCUUCCAGCGCUGGAGCGGCCCAGAGAAGCUGCUGGCUCUGGAUGAGCUCAUUGAUCGCUGCGAGCCCUCCCAGAUCAAGUACAUGAUGCAGGUCAUCGAACCACAGUUUCAGAGAGACUUCAUUUCACUGCUGCCCAAGGAGCUGGCUCUCUAUGUCCUCUCGUUCCUGGAGCCUCGGGAUCUGCUCCGCGCUGCCCAGACCUGCCGCUACUGGAGGGUGUUGGCUGAAGAUAACCUGCUUUGGAGAGAGAAAUGCCGUGAGGAAGGCAUUGAGGAGCCCCUGAACCUGCGUAAGCGGCGCCUGCUGAGCCCUGGAUUCAUGUACAGCCCCUGGAAAUUCGCCUUCAUGCGGCAGCACAAAAUUGACAUGAAUUGGCGCAGCGGCGAGCUUAAAGCCCCCAAGGUGCUGAAGGGACACGAUGACCACGUCAUCACCUGCCUGCAGUUCUGUGGCAACCGGAUAGUGAGCGGCUCGGACGACAACACGCUCAAAGUGUGGUCAGCUGUCACUGGGGAGUGCGUGCAGACUCUCGUUGGCCACACAGGGGGGGUCUGGUCCUCCCAGAUGAGGGACAGCAUCGUCAUCAGCGGCUCUACGGACCGCACGCUCAAAGUGUGGAACGCAGACACGGGUGAAUGUGUGCACACACUGUAUGGGCACACAUCCACAGUGCGCUGCAUGCACCUGCAUGGGAACAGGGUUGUGAGUGGCUCACGGGAUGCCACUCUGCGCCUCUGGGACAUUGAGACCGGGCAGUGUCUACACGUGUUGAUGGGGCACGUGGCCGCCGUGCGCUGCGUGCAGUACGAUGGGCACAAGGUGGUGAGCGGUGCGUACGACUACACAGUGAAAGUGUGGGACCCCGAGAGCGAGAGCUGCACUCACACGCUGCAGGGGCACACCAACCGCGUCUACUCUCUGCAGUUUGAUGGGACGCACAUCGUGAGCGGCUCCCUGGACACAUCCAUUCGAGUGUGGGAUGUAGAAAGUGGGAACUGCUUACACACCCUCAUGGGGCACCAAUCACUUACAAGUGGCAUGGAGCUGCGUGACAACAUCCUUGUGUCCGGCAACGCUGACUCCACAGUAAAGAUCUGGGACAUCAAGACGGGCCAGUGCCUGCAAACGCUGCAGGGGCCCAGCAAGCACCAGAGCGCCGUGACCUGCCUGCAGUUCAGCUCCAAGUUCGUGGUGACCAGCUCGGAUGACGGUACUGUCAAGCUCUGGGACCUCAAGACGGGCGAAUUUGUGCGCAACCUGGUGGCACUGGAGAGCGGGGGCAGCGGCGGCGUGGUGUGGCGCAUCCGAGCUUCCAACACCAAGCUGGUGUGUGCGGUGGGCAGCCGCAACGGGACAGAGGAGACCAAGCUGCUGGUGCUGGACUUCGAUGUGGACCUGAAAUGAAGCCGGCCGACGCAGGCUGGGAGGGAGGAUCCCGCGGGCCGGGCGGAGCAGCUGGUCUUGGUGGGGCUGGCCCCAGAGCAGGCGCUCAGCUCCCCGCGGUCUGUAAAUACUGUUUGCAGCCGUCUGGGCCUUAUUUAUAUAUGUGUGAACUCCCUGUGGGGAGCCUGCGCCCAGCUGGGGCACUGUACAGAGGAAGCAGCAUGUUUUGUACACACUAAUAUAUCGAUUUAUUUCCGUA